AUGACGGACGAUGAGAAGAAAGAGAUUUACAGCGUUGCCCACUUCCCUAAGACCGAUCUUGCCCACAUGGCAGCUGGUGUAGCUCCUGACAAGGACUUCAGCAACGCCAAACCUUCCAACCAAGUCAGCGCGAAUACUUUCCAGACUUACAUUGAACCUUACGUCCGGCCUCUUACCGAGGAGGACAUUGCCUGGUUGAAAGAAAGGGGUGAUCGUACUACCCCAUUCAUCAUGCCCCGUCGCGGAAAGAAAAGCUAUCGUCAAAUUUGGGCGGAGGAGGAUGGAGUGUCCUAUGACUCGAGUCAAGACGACAAGGACCAGCUGCCUUUGAAUCAAGGCCGUGGCAGUAUUGAACAGCUGACUGACGAUAAAGCCGAGACCAACGAAAUCUCGGUUGGACCUCUCCUCAGCCGACUCUGCUCUCUCCUGCGUUACGAGCACCGUACCUUACCCGAAGAUUCCAACCCAACCGCAAAUGGAGAUACUGGUAGUGUGAGUGGAUUGGGUGGAGACGCAAUGGACAUCGAUCAACCCACUGUUGAGAAGGAGAACAAGAGUGAAACCAAGCCUCUCCCGGCUGCAACCACCUUCCGCGACGCAGACCCAAACGACUUCAAAACUUCGGUCGCAAAGCUGGAUCAUGCCCAACUGGAUGAACGCGCCAAGGCCGAACUACGAUUCAUCGGUUUCCUCGGUGCAGAUGAUAACCCAGACUACGACGCUCACUACGAUGAUGAAGUUGCUGAACGACUCCGCCUACUCCAAAGCGAGCUCAAGAAGCAAAUCGUCACCAACAAUGCGCGCAAAGCUCGCAUUCUGAAGAUUGCCCAGGAGCACAUGGCCAUGCUUGAGUUUACUACCAUCCAAGACGACCUCGACUCUCAGGUCCAACAGGCCUAUCUCAAGCGCACCCGCACUAUGGGCAAGAGCAAGAAAGGCGCUCAGCCCAAGCACCGUCCUGGUGGUGCAGGCGGUGGCAGCCACGUCGCUGGUGCUGCGGGAGUUUCCCGUCCUGCCGUCGGAGACGCAGCAAAGAUCGUCAUGGACCGUCGUCGUCGUUGGAACGAGGCAUUCCUGCCUAUCUUUGACGACAUUAAGACUACCAUUCCCUCCGAGGGAGAAUCGAUCUUCGACUCAGAGGUUAUGGCUGAAUACGAGAAAGCCGAGCUUGAGAAUUGGGACGAGGAAUAA